GAAUAAAAAAAUUGCAGUUUCAGGUUAGUAAUUCCAUAAUUAGCUGCACAAAAAAUACCACAAUUUAACCGAAUUUAUAAACGGAAAGAAAAAUGCCGUGGAAAGUUGAAAAAUCCCAAAAAUACCCUCAAUUUCAAAUUUAAGCACCACCUAUAAAUAAUUCCACUUCACUUUUCCCCCAAACCCACCACCUUCUAGAUUCUAGGGUUUCUCUCUCUCCUCCCUCCUCCCCCUUUCUCUCUCUAACCACAGGGAGCGCUUCUUACCCCGCUCCUGCACAAGAUUACAUCUUUUUUCAGACAUACGACGUAUUAAUCUACACUGAUCUUUCACAUUCUUCUUUUUCGUAUAAGUUAAUUACCUCUUUCAAUUUAAUUUAAUCCGACUUUUUAUUUUCCCCAAACUUUGAGCAGUUCUUUUCCGUUUUCAUUGUUUGUAUGAUUCACGCACUCGUGGGUUUACCGUUUGAAGAGAAAUAAAACAAUGCAGAUGAAGGAAUUAGAGGAAAUCGAAACUCCUGUAUUCAAGGAGCAAGAAGGUUCCGAUAGAAUCCACGAAUUGGAGGAAUUGGAGGAGGAUUACGUCGAGCAAGAUUUGAAAUUGGAUACCGUUAUUGAUGUUUCCGGCAAAACAUUGGAUUUCCCUCUGAUUAGUUCCCAAGAGCGCUCCUCCGUGGAAGAGGUUUAUAUGUACAAGAAUGAGUUGAAUUUGAUCCCGAGGGCUGUUGGGAGGUUCAAGAGUUUGAAAACCCUCAAGUUUUUCUCGAACGAGGUGAAUUUGUUGCCGGGGGAGUUUCGGAAUUUGGUCGAGUUGGAAUGCUUGCAAUUGAAAGUUGCAGAAGUGGGGGUUAAUGGGUUGGAGUUGAGUAAAUUGAAGAAUUUGAAAGAACUGGAGAUUAGCAGAGUGCCUCCGAGGCCGUCGGUUUUCCCCCUUUUGAGCGAGAUUGCUGGGCUCAAGUGCUUGACUAGGCUCUCCGUUUGUCAUUUCUCGAUAAGAUUCCUUCCUCCAGAAAUUGGCUACCUUAGCAGUUUGGAGUAUUUGGAUCUUUCUUUUAAUAAGAUGAGGAAUUUACCAGAUGAAAUCACUUCGUUGAACUUAUUGAUAUCCCUGAAAGUCACUAAUAACAAAUUGAUUGAUCUACCCGUGCGACUUUCCUGUCUGCAAAGAUUGGAGAACUUGGACUUGUCAAAUAACCGACUGACAUCUUUGGAAUGCAUAGAACUUGAAUCAAUGCAUAACCUUCGGAUACUAAAUCUUCAGCAUAAUCAACUACGGGGAUGCCGAAUACCUUCGUGGAUAUGCUGCGACUUGGAGGGGAACUUAAUGGGCAUAUCAUACGAUGAAUGUACUGAGAUGGAUGUUUAUGAUGGUGUUGUCCAGGAGAUUAAUGGAUCUCCUCUUGCACAAUCGAGUCAAUCAAGUGGAUUAUGUCAUAAUAAUAAAUGCUUAGCUGCACGAAGGGCUAAAGGAUGGAAACGUAGGUAUAACUUGCGAGCGAAACCUCUGCAGGAGAGAUUAAAUAAUUGCAAAAAGUCAAAAGUUGAUGCUACACUACAAAGCUCGUCAGAGAAAUGUGUGACGUGCGUAUCAUCUGAGCAUAGUGAUAAUGCCUCUACAAAAGGUUUAUCUGUUGCUGCAGAUGCAAAGCUUGAAAAUGAGGAUAUAAUUUCAGAAGGCGAGGUACAUGAAAACUCACAUAACUUUCCUGUAGAUGAAGAGUUUAGCACAUCCAAAGUGUCUGUGGAUGGGAUGUGCAAAGAGGUUGAUACUGAUGGUUCAGGGUCUAAUUCAAUUUUGGACUCUGUUUCUGAUGCUGUUGAGGUAUCGGAUGUAGAUGCAUCUUCUCAAUCUCCUAAUUCUGUGCUGAAGUCAAAAAGGCAUUCCGAGAAGGAUCUUGAUAAUCCCAAACCCACCAAAUCGAGGAGGCCAGCAAAUGAUCCAUCUUAUUUGUCGUGCCAAUACAGUGAAAAAUCCUUUUGCGGGGUAGCAGACCAUCUACCUGAUGGAUUCUAUGAUGCAGGACGAGAUCGACCCUUUAUGCCCCUUGGAAAUUAUGAGAAAUAUGUGCCAAUUAACUUUCGGGAAGUGAUUCUUCUAGACCGGAAAAGCGAUGAAGAAUUAGAUGCCGUUCUUCUAUGUGCUCGAGCAUUGUUAUACCAGUUUAAGCAGAUGAACAAUUCAACCGACGAACAGUUAGAGGGUACUGUAGGUAGUUUGCAGAUUGCUUCGUUGCUUGCUCUUUUCGUAUCAGAUCAUUUUGGAGGAAGCGAUAAAAGUGUUGUUAUGCAGAGGGCUAGGAAAGCUGUUUCUGGUUCACACGAAAGGAAACCUUUUGUUUGUACGUGUUCUAGUGGGAUUGACGGUACUGGUAAAGCCACUAAGCAGGGUGCGGACCCAGUUGAUGAUGUCGUUUUCAAUGAUCUCUGUGAGAAGUCUCUUCAAUAUAUAAAGGAACGUCGUAAUUCUAUUAUAGUCCCCAUCGGGGGGCUGCAGUUUGGUGUUUGCAGGCAUAGAGCAUUGCUGAUGAAGUAUCUCUGUGAUCGACUGGAGCCUCAAAUCCCCUGUGAGCUUGUUCGGGGUUACUUGGACUUUUGCCCGCAUGCUUGGAAUGUAAUUGUUAUAAAGAGGGGUGACUCGUUAUCCCGUGUGAUAGUUGAUGCAUGUCAUCCUCAUGACAUCAGGGAAGAAAGUGACCCUGAAUAUUUUUGCAGGUAUAUUCCCUUGAGCCGGGUCAGUGGUCCGGUUGUGGUUGAUGAGGAGGCUAGUCCAAAUUGUUCAUUUCCUUCUCUAAGUCGAUGUGAUGAAGUUGGAAAGCUUGCAUCCACAUCUCUAAUGCACUGUAGCGUUGGACCUCUAGAAGCUGCAGUGAAGGUUCGGACAAUUGAAGUAAGUGAGGCUUCUGCCGAUGAAGUCAGAAACUUCGAGUUUGGUUGUUUAGGUGAAAUCAGGAUGUUGAGUUCCUUCAAGCAUUCAUGCAUCACGGAAUAUUACGGACAUCAGAUUUCAUCGAAGUGGUCUGUGGCGGAAAAUGGAAAAUCCGGCGGUCGUAAAAUACAGUCUUCUAUAUUGAUGGAGUACGUAAAAGGAGGCUCCUUAAAGUCGUAUAUGGAGGAAUUAUCUAGUGCUGGUAAAAAGCAUGUUGCUCCAGACUUGGCUCUAUCUAUUGCCAGAGAUGUUGCAUUCGCAUUAACCGAAGUACAUUCGAGGCAAGUUAUUCAUCGCGACAUAAAAAGCGAAAACAUUUUGAUCGAUCUCGAGGAGAAAAGGCCAGAUGGCACUCCGAUAGUAAAGAUAUGUGAUUUCGAUCGGGCGAUUCCCCUUCAUUCCUAUUUACAUACAUGCUGCAUUGCACACGUUGGAACACCUGCAACCGAUACUUGUGUUGGCACUCCUAGAUGGAUGGCUCCUGAGGUGUUUCGUGCAAUGCAUGAGCCGAACAUGUAUGGUUUGGAAGUGGAUAUUUGGUCGUUUGGCUGUGUGCUAUUGGAAUUGUUGACUUUACAAGUCCCUUACGCUGAUCUUCCGGAAGCUGAAAUUCACAGACUUCUGCAGAUGGGAGAACGACCAAGUCUGACGGAUGAGCUGGAGGAAUUGGCAGAAUCCGAGAGCGAGAUCGAGAAUGAAUCUGAAACCCUAAAAUUUAUUGCUAAACUGUACCGUAGGUGUACAGAAAAGAAUCCAGCCAAUCGACCAUCGGCUGAUUAUAUCUACAAUUUGUUGAUUGACCAUCAAAGCUUCGUUGCACUUUCUAGAAGCUCCGAUCAAGAAUAGUCUUUUUUAUUCAGGUACUUUCUUUUUUUCGACAUAGAAUCAGCAUCGGGUUUUUUUGUUAGGUUAGAUUCACCAUCUCAUCAAUUAUAUUCUUAUGAAGCACGAACAACGCUGACAAAUGAGAACUCUUGAUUUUUCUUCCCGGACCGGGUUAGUUUGUAACUGUGUUGUGUAAUUUACAUUUGUAAGUUCAUUGUAAUAGGAGGAGUUGGUCCUCCAAAUAGGAAAUACUGAAUUCUUAAUUUUAUUUUCUUUGAUUUCGAUU